AUGCAAUUCCUUGAUCUUAGUGAACCUCUCCUGGUAUACGCACUACUAGGCGGUUUUAUUCUAUUUUACGGCUUGGUGUCGUUAAUCGUGAAGGAAAAGUUAUAUAUAAGCGAGGCCUUGGUCGCAACAUCAGUAGGAGUGAUCAUAGGUCCAGCUUGUUUGCAAAUAAUUAAUCCGAGGGAAUGGAGCCAACUAAACGUGAUAACCGAGGAAUUAACGCGUAUCGUGCUUGCAUUUCAGGUUAUGACCGCGGCGAUCAAUUUACCCAGAGCGUAUAUAACGCGUCAAUACCGCUCAAUGGCCAUAAUGCUCAUACCCGUUAUGUCAUUUAUGUGGAUCGUCAGUGCAGCCAUAAUUUACUAUUUUAUACAAGACUUGACUUUUAUCGAAACUCUAUUGAUUGCCGCAUGCAUUACGCCGACUGAUCCGAUACUGGCAAACUCGGUUGUUCAAGGUUCAUUUGCUGAAAAGCACAUUCCAUCCCAUGUAAGAUAUUUACUUUCCGCCGAGAGCGGUAUAAAUGAUGAAUCACCCAGAGACACGGGUACCGCAAUUAAUAAAUGGGUUUGGUUUGUUUGGGGUUAUCAUAUUUUGUUUUCAGUUGUGAUUGGAUGUUUUAUUGGUUGGGCUGCGAGAAAAUUACUGAGAUUGGCGGAGAGUCGCGAUUGGAUUGACAAAGAAUCUUUUCUAGUAUUUGCCUUUGCACUAGCGAUUUUCGUGGUUGGUGUUGUUAGCAUUCUUGGGUCUGAUGCGUUGCUGGCAUGUUUUAUGGCAGGCACAUCUUUCUCCUGGGAUGAUUGGUUUCGUGAAGAGACUCGGGAUGCGAAACUGCAAGAUGUUAUCGAUCUCCUUCUAAAUUUAACUACGUUUCAAUACAUCGGCAUGAUAAUUCCAUGGUCUUCAUUUAAUUCGGAGUAUAUUCCAUUCGAGCGCCUGCUUAUCGUCAGCAUUCUUAUUUUAAUAUUCAGGCGUUUGCCAAUUGUUCUACUACUUAAAAAGUUUAUUCCCGCUAUUCAUACUUUCAAGGAAGCAUUGUUUGCUGGUUAUUUUGGUCCGAUAGGUGUGGGUGCCAUAUUUUUGGCUGUGACCGUCGAAAAAGAAAUCAAUAAGAAUCUUGAACGAGAAUCGGAAGGCAUCGAUAGGGAAGCCAUGUUGCGUACCCGGGAAAUAGUGUUUCCAAUCGUGGCGUUUAUUGUUAUCAGUUCAGUUUUAGUCCAUGGAAUUACGGUUCCCAUACUCAACAUUGGAUCCAAGAUCGAUAUGGAAAGAUUUCCAAGUAUUGCCAGCAUCAGCAGUCAAGUUGCACGAUUGCCAGUAAUCGACUUUGUCGAAAAUUUGGCGCUGGAAAGAGAUAGUACUGGACGUGUCGGGAGAAAGAAAAAGAUGAAAGCGGAGUUUGAUACUGUAGUCGAGGUUGAAGAUGAGAGUGAGGAAGAGAGGGAUGAGAGGGAAGACGAAAGUGAUGAAGAAGAUGAGGAUGAGAGAGAUAAAAUAAUUUUUUGUAAUGUACAAACUAACACGUUGAUUGAUUUCGGAGACGAAAACGAUGAGCUUCCCAAUAGUCCUGUGGCACGCAUCGUUGAUGAAAAUGAUUAUUUCAACCAACAGAAUGGAGAAGGUUCGAAUGAUGUUCACCUGCAAGGCUCAAGUCAGAAAUCAUAA